UGAGAUCUCCUCCCACUGAGCCGUCUCUAUAUAUGAUACUGACUUGGUGAGGAAGAGAUCCUGUGCUCAGAAACAGGGGACCUCCAAACACCAGGAUGAGUAGGUCUGGUCCCAUCGGGGCCCUCCUGUGCUGGACGGCUGUGCUGUGUGUCUGCAAUGCUGCUCCACAACCGAAGUAUUGCAGGAGCCCAAGCUACAAACCAAGCGGUUCCUCAGAUCCCCUGGCCUCAUUCCCUGUGUGUGAUGGGACACCGGGCUUCAUCCAGGUUUCUUCGUCUAGUCAGUCUGGGUCCAUGAGUGGUGGAAGCAGCUCCCAAUCUCUGCAAGCCAAUAUUCAACGCACGGUUAUCCAAGGAGGCAGCAUGCAAAGUAGUAGUGGCACCUGGUCAUCUGGUGGAGGUGGUGGAGGAGGAGGAGGAGGAUCUGCCCAGAGCAGUUCUGGAGGAGGAGGUGGAGGAGGAGGAGGAGGAUAUGCCCAGGGCAGUUCUGGAGGAGGAGGUGGAGGAGGAGGAACAUCACAAAUUUUUGUUGCAGGAGGUGGAGGCACAGGGGGUAGCUCUUCCCAUCUAAACUCUGUCGGUAUGGGAUCAGGAAAUGUCCUCCCACCACGUGGCGUUUCUAUUAUCCACAGCAGCUCCUCUUCGUCUUCUGGUUCAAGUAGUGGUGGUUCAUAUUCAGCAGUUGGAGGAGGGACUGGUUCAUCUCAACAAAAUGCUAUAAAUCAAGGAAACAUUAGGAUUUCCCAAGGAACUGGUGGAGGUUCGUUUGGCCAGAGUUCUGGAGGAGGUUCAUUUGGCCAGAGUUCUGGAGGAGGAUCAUUUGGCCAGAGUUCUGGAGGAGGAUCAUUUGGCCAGAGUUCUGGAGGAGGUUCAUUUGGCCAGAGUUCUGGAGGAGGUUCAUUUGGCCAGAGUUCUGGAGGAGGUUCAUUUGGCCAAAGUGCUGGAGGAGGUUCAUUUGGUCAGAGUGCGGGAGGAGGUUCAUUUGGUUCAAGUUCUGGAGGCGGAUCAUUUGGUCAGAGUUCUGGAGGAGGUUCAUUUGGCCAAAGUUCUGGAGGAGGCUCAUUCUCUGGAGGAAGUGCAGGCUCUGGCCAGCCAAACCGUGGUGGUAGUAUCGUUGUUGUUGGAGGCUCUUUCGGCACUGGCUCCAUAUCUAGCGGUAUUUCCUCAGGCUCUUAUAAGCUACCAGCGAACAUAAAAGCAGAAGAUGUUCCAGUGUCCCUAGGAUGUGAUAAAAAAGGACAAACCGGUCAAGGAUCCAACCAAGUUGGAGGGACUGGAAAUACUGGUGGAACAGGUGGAACAGGCGGAGGGUUCGGCCAGAUCUCACAAACCCAUGGCGGAGGUUCAGGAGGAACUGGUGGUGGUGGAGGAGGAGGAGGAACAGGAAACAUUGGAGGCGGAUUCUCACAGAUCUCCCAAAGCCAUAGCGGAGGUUCCAGUGGAGGAUCAAUUCAUCAAGGUACUGGAGGAUCAAUUCAUCAAGGUACUGGAGGAUCAAUUCAUCAAGGUACUGGAGGAGGCACAGGCGGUGGAAGCUUCUCCCAACAAUCCCAAAGUCAAAGCUCAGGUUCUAUACAAAAACAAAUUCCCCAGUCCCAGUCAGGCUGAUGAAUCUAUGAUGGAGCGUGUAAUUGGUCAUUAAAGAGGACACGGCUCCUUGAUCUGCCGCUGGUCGCCAUGUGGUGCACUUUUUUUUUUAUUAUAAAUAAGUCCAGACAGAAUUUGUAUAUAUUUAUUUUUGUACCGAUCCUCCCUCGCGUCUCCUACAAAUGUACGGUAUUGCCAUCAUGACGUGUCUAGAUGGUCUCAUCGAUGACAGGUUCUUCUCACGUGUAGCUUCAGGACUUUUUUUUUUUUUUUGUUCCUCCUCCAGCCCACUAAACAAGCUCCCACAGGGAGCAUUUUGUGCCAUACAGAGUGUUUGUUUAAUUCUUUGGAAAAAAUUGAAUGUGAAGUUGUGUUUUUCAUAUGUGCAAUAAAACCUGCAAAGGACGUGUCAAA